UUGCCGAAGGUCCACUGGGGCCCAAACCCUGACAAGCUGACCCAGGAACUACUGGGCGCAGGGAACAGCGGGGUCAGCGGCGGGGAGCAUAUCAGCAGGACCCGGUCUCCAGCUGCUGAGCAGCUCCAGGACAUCCUGGGGGAGGAAGAUGAGGCUCCCAACCCCACCCUGUUCACGGAAAUGGACACUCUGCAGCAUGAUGGAGACCAGAUGGAGUGGAAGGAGUCAGCCAGGUGGAUAAAGUUUGAAGAAAAGGUAGAAGAAGGUGGCGAACGCUGGAGCAAGCCCCACGUAUCCACACUGUCCCUGCACAGCCUCUUUGAGCUCCGGACCUGCCUGCAGACGGGGACGGUGCUACUGGACUUGGACAGCGGUUCCUUACCACAGAUCAUAGAUGAUGUCAUUGAGAAGCAAAUCGAGGAUGGCCUCCUGCGGCCGGAGCUCCGGGAGAGGGUCAGCUAUGUGCUCCUGCGGAAGCACCGCCACCAGACCAAGAAGCCCAUCCACCGUUCCUUGGUUGACAUUGGGAAGUCCGUCUCCACCACCAAUCGCAGCCCGGCCCGCAGCCCCACGGCCGGCCCCAGCCUGCACCACUCCACCGAGGACCUGCGGAUGCGGCAGAGCGCCACCUACGGACGGCUGUGUCACGCCCAGAGCAGGAGCAUGAAUGACAUUUCUCACACGCCAAACACAGACCAGAGGAAGAACAAGUUCAUGAAGAAGAUCCCCAAGGACUCGGAAGCGUCCAACGUGCUGGUGGGCGAGGUGGACUUUCUGGACCAGCCCUUCAUCGCCUUCGUGCGCCUCGUCCAGUCGGCCAUGCUGGGAGGGGUGACCGAGGUGCCUGUCCCCACCAGAUUUCUCUUCAUACUUCUGGGCCCUUCCGGGAGAGCCAGAUCCUACAAUGAGAUUGGCCGCGCCAUAGCAACCCUCAUGGUAGAUGAUCUCUUCAGUGAUGUGGCAUACAAAGCCCGGAACCGGGAGGAUCUGAUCGCAGGAAUCGAUGAGUUUCUGGAUGAGGUCAUCGUCCUUCCCCCUGGAGAAUGGGACCCCAAUAUCCGAAUUGAGCCCCCCAAGAAGGUCCCGUCUGCGGACAAGAGGAAGUCCGUGUUCUCGGUGGCCGAGCUGGGCCAGAUGAACGGCUCGGCGGGCGGUGCGGCGGCGGCGGGCGGCGGCGGCGGCGGCGGGGCCGGCGGCGGGAGCGGCGGGGACGACUGCGAGAUGCCCGCGGUGCACGAGCUCGGGGAGGAGCUGCUCUGGACGGGAAGGUUCUUCGGCGGCCUGUGUUUGGACGUCAAAAGGAAGCUGCCUUGGUUCCCAAGUGACUUCUACGAUGGCUUCCACAUUCAGUCCAUCUCUGCCAUCCUAUUCAUCUACCUCGGCUGUAUCACCAAUGCAAUCACCUUUGGUGGGCUUCUGGGGGAUGCCACUGACAAUUAUCAGGGAGUGAUGGAGAGCUUCCUGGGCACUGCCAUGGCUGGAUCCCUGUUCUGCCUCUUCUCGGGACAGCCUCUCAUCAUCCUCAGCAGCACGGGGCCCAUUCUCAUCUUUGAAAAGCUUCUCUUCGACUUCAGCAAAGGCAACGGCCUGGACUACAUGGAGUUUCGCCUCUGGAUCGGCCUGCACUCAGCCCUCCAGUGCCUUAUCCUAGUGGCCACGGACGCCAGCUUCAUCAUCAAGUACAUCACCCGCUUCACCGAGGAGGGCUUCUCCACCCUCAUCAGCUUCAUUUUCAUCUAUGAUGCCAUCAAGAAGAUGAUCGGUGCCUUCAAGUAUUACCCCAUCAACAUGGACUUCAAACCAGACUCCAUCACCACCUACAAGUGCGAAUGUGUCGCACCUGACACAGCAAAUACGACGGCGCUCAAUGCUUCGGUCCUGCCCGUGCCCAGCACCAACGCUUCUCUGUACAACCCCCUUAACCUCACAGCUCUGGACUGGUCUCUGCUGAGCAAGAAGGAGUGUCUGAAGUACGGCGGGCGGCUGCUCGGGAACUCCUGCCAGUUUGUCCCAGACCUGGCCCUCCUGUCCUUCAUCCUGUUCUUCGGGACAUACUCUAUGACCCUGACCUUGAAGAAAUUCAAAUUCAGUCGGUAUUUCCCAACCAAGGUCCGGGCCCUGAUAGCCGACUUCUCCAUCAUCUUUUCCAUCCUGAUGUUCUGUGGAAUCGAUGCGUGUUUCGGCCUAGAAACUCCCAAACUUCAUGUGCCCAGUGUCAUCAAGCCCACGCGGCCUGACCGAGGCUGGUUUGUGGCCCCCUUCGGGAAGAAUCCAUGGUGGGUGUACCUCGCCAGCAUCCUGCCUGCACUGCUGGUGACCAUCCUGAUCUUCAUGGACCAGCAGAUCACGGCUGUCAUAGUCAACCGGAAGGAGAACAAGCUGAGGAAGGCUGCUGGCUACCAUCUGGACCUGUUCUGGGUGGGCAUCCUCAUGGCCCUGUGCUCCUUCAUGGGGCUCCCCUGGUACGUGGCCGCCACCGUCAUCUCUAUCGCCCACAUCGACAGCCUCAAAAUGGAGACAGAGACCAGCGCCCCUGGGGAGCAGCCCCAGUUCCUGGGGGUCAGGGAACAGAGGGUGACAGGCACCAUUGUCUUCAUCCUGACAGGGAUCUCCGUCUUCCUGGCUCCCAUCCUGAAGUACAUCCCCCUGCCCGUGCUGUAUGGAGUCUUCCUCUACAUGGGCGUGGCCUCCCUGAACGGCAUCCAGUUCUGGGAGCGCUGCAAGCUCUUCCUGAUGCCCGCCAAACACCAGCCGGACCACGCCUUCCUGCGCCACGUGCCCCUGCGCCGCAUCCACUUGUUCACGCUGGUGCAGAUCCUCUGCCUGGCCGUGCUCUGGAUCCUCAAGUCCACGAUGGCAGCCAUCAUCUUCCCGGUCAUGAUCCUGGGACUCAUCAUCGUCCGGAGGCUUCUGGAUCUCGUCUUUUCCCAGCAUGACCUGGCCUGGAUUGACAACAUCCUCCCGGAGAAGGAGAAAAAGGAGACAGACAAGAAGAAGAAGAGAAGGAGAGGAGCACAUGAGGACAGUGAUGAGGAGCCCCAGUUCCCUCCUCCCUCAGUUAUAAAGAUUCCCAUGGAAAGUGUCCCAUCAGACCCCAAAAACGGUAUCCACUGCAUUACCAGUAAGUAA